GCCCCUCUGCUCCCUGGUGUCCCUAACUCAUCAGCUGCUCAGGAAGGGGCACUGUCUUCAAGGCCACCCUGAGCCUGCUGUUCUGGCCCUGGGGACAGUGGGGUCCCUGGCUCCGGCUGGGCGUGGGGUGGAAGACAGGCAGCUGUAUCCGCCGAGGUGGGCCUCCUUGGGCUGGGUCUGCAGCAGGCCCGUCCGCCCCGGCGUCCCUCCUGCCUCCUUCCACGGCCGAGCUCAGAUCCUGGCUUUCCUCACUUCCCCCUAAUCCUGCUCUCCUGUCCCGAAAGCCAAAACCACCCAUGGCUCCAGCUCCGCCUGGAGCCUCCUGCAUCUCCCGGUCCUCUGCCUGUCAUACCGGACCGCCGUGUUCCUCACCCUGCCGCCUGCGGCCUCUCGUUUGCUGGGGGCUUGUACAUUCACUCGCCCCCAUUCACUUCCCUCCCUUCCUCUCUACACUGCCCUCUCGUCCGGCCGUCUCCCUCCUUUGUCCUUUGUCCUGCUCCGUCCCUCUCCCCCUGUCCGCAUGGCCUUUCUUGCAGGGGAGCCUCCACCUCGCCCACCUCAGCCUGCCUUCUUCACUCAGAGUAAGUGGGGCUGCUUCCGAUGCCUUGGCCCCCGCCCCCGCCCCCUCUCUCUCACUCCUCUCCUGGAAGGUACAGAGCCCGGGUGGCUGGGCCGGAGGGGAGGUGGGUGUGUGCUGUGAGCUUCCGUGGCUGCCCUGGCCUAGCAUGCCUGCCUCCCCGAGCCUGCCCCCCGGAGCCUGGGCUUCUGGAGCACGAGUGUGGCCCUGGCUUCCGCCUCGGCCUCACUGCCUCCCAGACCUGCAGGCGCUGUCUGGGCUUCGUGGCCAUUGGUCAGGAGCGCUGUCCUCUCCAAGGAUGGUUCCUAUAGCCCCUGAUGGCAGGAGGCGGCUCCGUGCCCGCACUAAUGGUGUGCCGUGACGGGGGCUUACUAACCGGCCAGGGCGCAGGUGCAGGGCUGCGGGGUCUGGUGCUGAUGGAGGCAGUGUCAGGCAGGAGCCAGUGUUGCUUGCUCCAGCUUAGACGGAGGGAGGCGGGGCUCGCUGGUCCACACGGGGCUGCCAGGCAGAGCAGGUUCCGCCCUUCUGAUCGAGUGGUCGGAGGUGCGCUGAGAACCUGGCCGCCGCUGGCUGACCUCAGACCUCGGGGGGAACUGGGAGUGGAGGGUUGCUGGGGGACACUCGGCUUUCUUUCCCACGUGCCACCUCCCCUCGUGCCCCUGACCCUGCCUGAUUGCCUUCCUGUCGGGGUCUCCCUUUCCAUCGCAGAACCAACCUAUGACCCUGUGAGCGAGGACCAAGACCCCCUGUCCAGCGACUUCAAGAGGCUGGGCCUGCGGAAGCCAGGCCUGCCCCGAGGGCUGUGGCUGGCAAAGCCCUCAGCGCGGGUGCCGGGCACCAAGGCCGGCCGAGGCGGCGGGGCUGAGGUCACGCUCAUCGACUUCGGUGAGGAGCCCGCGGUCCCGGCCCUACGGCCCUGCGCGCCCUCCCUGGCGCAGCUGGCCAUGGACGCCUGCUCCCUGCUGGACGAGACCCCACCUGAGAGCCCCACGUGGGCCCUGCCCCGGACCCUGCACCCCACGCCCGUGGUGGACUGGGACGCACGCCCGCUGCCGCCCCCGCCCGCCUAUGACGACGUGGCCCAGGAUGAGGAUGACUUCGAGGUCUGCUCCAUCAACAGCACCCUGGUGGGCGCCAGGGUCCCUGCGGGGCCCAGCCGGCGCCAGACCAACUACACCUUUGUGCCUGAACAGGCGCGGCUGCCCCCUCCCCUGGAGGACAACCUGUUUCCCCCGCCCCAGGGGGGGGCCAAGCCGCCCAGCUCCGCGCAGACCGCACAGAUCUUCCAGGCGCUGCAGCAGGAGUGCAUGAGGCAGCUGCAGGUUCCGGCCAGCUCCCCGGCCCCCUCUCCCAGCCCGGGGGGUGACGACAAGCCCCAGGUGCCCCCUCGGGUACCCAUCCCCCCUCGGCCCGUGCGCCCACACGUCCAGCUGUCUCCAGCCCCCUCGGGCGAGGAGGAGGCCGGUCGGUGGCCUGGACCUGCCUCCCCUCCCCGGGUGCCUCCGCGGGAGCCCCUGUCCCCUCAAGGCUCCAGGACACCCAGCCCCCUGGUACCACCUGGCAGCUCCCCACUGCCACCCCGGCUCUCCAGCUCACCUGGGAAGACCAUGCCCACCACCCAGAGCUUUGCCUCAGACCCCAAGUACGCCACCCCCCAGGUGAUCCAGGCGCCUGGCCCGCGGGCUGGUCCCUGCAUCCUGCCCAUUGUCCGGGAUGGCAAGAAGGUCAGCAGCACCCACUAUUACUUGCUGCCCGAGCGACCGUCCUACCUGGAGCGCUACCAGCGCUUCCUGCGUGAGGCCCAGAGCCCCGAGGAGCCGGCCCCCCUGCCUGUGCCUCUGCUGCUGCCCCCACCCAGCACCCCGGCCCCCGCCGCCCCCACGGCCACCGUGCGGCCGAUGCCCCAGGCUGCCUUGGACCCUAAGGCCAACUUCUCCACCAACAACAGCAACCCAGGGGCCCGGCCGCCAGCCCCGAGGGCCACUGCUCGGCUGCCACAGAGGGGCUGCCCUGGCGACGGGCCAGAGCCGGGCCGGCCAGCAGACAAGAUCCAGAUGCUGCAGGCCAUGGUGCAUGGGGUGACCACAGAGGAGUGCCAGGCGGCCCUGCAGAGCCACGGCUGGAGCGUGCAGAGGGCUGCCCAGUAUCUGAAGGUGGAGCAGCUCUUCGGGCUGGGUCUGCGGCCCAGAGGGGAGUGCCACAAAGUGCUGGAGAUGUUCGACUGGAAACUGGAGCAGGCUGGCUGCCACCUUCUGGGCUCCUGGGGCCCUGCCCACCACAAGCGCUGAGAUGCGUCUGGAGAGCCAGAGGGCCUGCCUGAAGGAAUCACCUGAGCCUGUCUGUCCACCAGGAGUGGGGAGAUGCCCCCAUCCAGGCCUGGAGGACCCGCUGCUCCCUGCUGCUCCCAGGGAUGGAGCAAGGCCAAGGCUGCGGGAGGCUGGGAGCCCUGCCCUGCCCAUCCCUCCUGCACCAGCGCUGUCCCUGCACACUUUGGUUCAGCUCCGGUGCCCCAGCCAAGAUGUGGAAGGGGCCUGGUGAAGACAGGCCUGGGGGCUGCCCUAGCGGGCUCUGGGUAUGACCUGCCUCUGGUCCUGGUCCUGGGCGAGGCCUGUGGCUGGAGUAGUGCCCCUAGGCCCUGCCCUGGGUGACAGACUGGGAGGAAACCAGGCUGGACCUGGGCAGGCAGGAUGUGUCGGCCACAGAGAGAGGUGGACCAGCACCCAGUGGGACCUCCUAGGACUAGGUCUUCUUCCAGGGGGCCCCUGGCAGCAGUUGGGGUUGUCAGGCAGAAUGUGACUUGUGGCCUCACCAUGGACUUGAAUGGGAUUUGGCUGGCCUCAGGAUCUUGUGCCUGGACGACAUAGCCUGAGGUGGUUCAGGAAGCGGAGAAAGGGUGCCAGACCAUUCUCUGGCGGGGACCAGGGCCCAGGGCCCCAGGGCUGGAAGGAGACCAAGGGCAGCCGCCCUGGAGGGACAUCAGUGCUUCCUCUUCCACCCAAUUCCCCUGCGCGGUUCCAUUUUUUCCCACCAGCCUGUCGGCAAAGUUGCUGCUCUGGCAUUCGGUACCUGCUUCUUCCAGAGAAAUAAAGUUAGUUUCUAUUUUAUGUUACUUA